AUGAAGCUUGACCUCGCGCUGCUCGCCUCUGGCUCUGCGUUUAUUGGAGGAACUUGGGCUGCUAUCACACCACGCUCAUGGACCGAAUCCUAUACACUCGCAAAUGCCACUGUAUCCCAAAUGACACUCGAUGAGAAAAUCGGUGUUGUGACGGGUGUCGGAACAUUCAAUUCACGUUGUGCAGGGAGCACGACGCCGGUGGCGCGCUUGGGCAUUCCUAGCUUUUGCCUCAACGACGGUCCAGCGGGGAUUCGGCAGACGAAAUUCACCACUGGGUUUCCUACGGGUAUCAAUGCUGCUGCUACAUUUUCUAGGCGGCUCAUGACGGCGCGUGGUGUUGCGCUCGGCGAAGAGUUUCGUGGCAAGGGUAUCCACGUGUACCUCGGUCCUGCUCUGGACAUUUCGCGCAAUCCCAAGGGUGGUAGAAAUUGGGAGAGCUUUGGUCCCGACCCAUACUUGACAGGCGAAGCCACGUAUGCGACCAUUCAAGGCGUCCAAUCCGUCGGCGUCCAAGCCUGCGCGAAACAUUUCCUCGCCAACAACCAAGAACACUGGCGAUACGGUCUCUCCGCGGACAUUGACGAUCGCACGACGCACGAGUUAUACCUGUACGGGUACUACAAAGCCGUCGAGGCGGAUGUAUCGUCGCUCAUGUGCGCGUACAACCGGAUUAACCAAACCUCUGCAUGCCACAAUGCCGCUCUCCUCGGUCCAAACGGCUACGCCCGCGCGUCUCCCAAUGCCAAUGGUAUUGGAUUCCAAGGAUAUGUCGUCAGUGAUUGGGGAGCGACGCAUGACUCGGCGGCGGAUAACGCAAAUGCUGGGCUAGACAUGGAACAACCGGGAGAUUACAUCGUCAUUGGCGGUGGCGUAUACCGUGGUCUGAAAUCAGCCGUCAACAGCGGUGCAGUGACAGUUGGCCGCCUCAAUGAAAUGGUCAUCCGCGUCCUCGCUCCCUUUUACCGUCUCCGACAAGAUGCUCCGGAUUUCCCACCGACAAACUUUGAUAUACAACACACCGACGGCUCGGGCUCACUCAACCAAAACGUCAACGUCCGCUCUGACGCACACACGGCGCUCGCGCGUGAGAUUGCGGCUGCCAGUGCCGUCUUGUUGAAGAAUAGCGUCGUCAAUGGUGGGUUGGGUAAUACAGGCGGCAAAGGGUUGCCUAUCAAGAAUGGAUGGAAGGCGAAUGUGGCGGUUGUCGGGCAGGAUGCAAAGAUGCCAAAGGAUGGAUGUUACUUGAACGAGUGCAACGAGGGUGUCAUGGUCGUCGGAUGGGGAUCCGGCUCGUAUGCGCUCACAUACGUCGUCCCGCCCAUCGACUCGAUCACUACAAAGAUUACUGGAUCUGGUGGAACUGUCACCUCGAGUCUGUCCAACGACAUCAACGCAGGUGUAAACGCCGCGCGAGGUAAAGACGCUGCGUUUGUGUUUGUCAACGCCAUGUCGGGCGAACUCGGGUUCUAUGACAAUGUCGUUGGCAACAUGGGUGACAGAAACGAUUUGGAUCUGUGGUGGAAGGGCGGGAGUCUUGUCGAGGCUGUCGCGGCGGUGAAUCAGAAUACGAUUGUGGUCGUGCAUUCGGUUGGACCUGUUUCGCUUUCUUGGGCGAAUCAUCCGAAUGUUACGGCUAUCAUUUAUGCGGGUGCACCUGGAGAACAGGCUGGACCGUCGCUGGUUGAUGUGAUGUGGGGAGCGGUCAAUCCUAGUGGACGGUUGCCGUUUAGCAUGGACGACAACGAGAAUCGAAUACACCGAGAAACUCCUGGUCGACUACGAUAUAUGGACUCCAAGGGCAUCAACCCUCGCUAUCCCUUUGGAUUCGGACUGUCGUACACGACGUUUGCCUAUUCGUCGCUGAGCAUCACGGCCUCGACCCCGUCGUCGCUGACCUCGACCGCGUAUACGAUUACAUUCGACGUCAAGAAUACUGGAUCUGUUGUUGGAACAGAGAUUCCGCAGCUGUAUCUGGGGUAUCCGAGUGGAAGUGGGGAACCGCCCAUGGUCCUGCGUGGAUUCGACGAGGUCAAGGAUUUGGGAGUCGGACAGAGCAAGACUGUGACCGUGUCGUUGACGCUUCGAGAGAUUAGUAUUUGGGAUGUUGUACAGCAAAAGUGGACGAGGCCUGCUGGGACAUUUACGGUGUCUGUUGGAGCGUCCAUCAAGGAUAUUCGACUCACUGGAACGUUCUAA